AUGGCGUCUAUUCCCCGCUCUCUGCGGUAUCUGUCGCGCACAACCCCCUCGGUCGGCCUAUCCUCCAAACGCCUAGCUACCUACCGACCCGUUCAGAGCGUAUAUGCCUUCUCAAGUACCUCCCACCGACGGGAUGCCGACCUCUCAUCGCUCAUCCCCACGCCGAUCAGCCAUUUGUCCGAUACCGAAUCGCUGAUGGCUGAUUCGGUCUCAAAGUUUGCUAGUGAGCAAAUCGGCCCGAAAGUGCGAGAUAUGGACGAAGCCGAAACCAUGGACCCGGCCUUGGUGGAACAGCUAUUCGAGCAGGGAUUGAUGGGUGUCGAGAUCCCCGAAGAGUACGGUGGUGCGGGGAUGAACUUCACCGCCGCAAUCGUCGCGAUCGAAGAACUGGCACGCAUAGAUCCCAGUGUCAGCGUGAUGGUUGAUGUCCAUAAUACCCUUGUCAACACGGCGAUCAUGCGCUACGGCGACGCCAAAACACAUCGCACCUGGUUGCCCAAGUUGAGCACCGGUACCGUGGGUUCCUUCUGUCUUUCUGAGCCGGUGUCGGGAUCAGACGCAUUCGCGCUACAGACCAAGGCAGAGAAGACUGCUGAUGGGUAUAAGAUUAAUGGAUCUAAGAUGUGGAUUACUAAUGCCAUGGAAUCUGGUAUCUUUAUCGUCUUUGCCAAUCUCAACCCCAGCCAGGGGUACAAGGGCAUCUCAGCUUUCAUUAUUGAAAAGGGGACCCCUGGUUUCUCAAUUGCUAAAAAGGAAAAGAAGCUUGGUAUUCGUGCAAGCAGCACUUGCGUCCUCAACUUUGAUGAUGUUGUGAUUCCCAAGAGCAAUUUGCUUGGUGAAGAGGGCCAGGGCUAUAAAUAUGCCAUCAACAUCUUGAAUGAAGGUCGCAUAGGCAUUGCAGCCCAAAUGACGGGCUUGGCGCUGGGCGCAUGGGAAAAUGCUGCUAGAUACGUCUGGAACGAUCGCAAGCAGUUCGGCCAGUUAAUCGGCAACUUCCAGGGAAUGCAACACCAGAUUGCGCAGGCGUAUACCGAGAUUGCGGCAGCCCGAGCGCUUGUUUACAAUGCCGCUCGCAAGAAGGAAGCCGGUCAGGACUUUGUUCAAGAUGCCGCCAUGGCCAAACUGUAUGCCUCCCAGGUCGCGGGUCGCGUAUCAGGCUCCGCCGUCGAGUGGAUGGGUGGCAUGGGCUUUGUUCGAGAAGGAAUUGCCGAGAAGAUGUUCCGCGACAGCAAGAUCGGGGCUAUCUAUGAGGGUACCAGUAACAUCCAGUUAACGACCAUCGCGAAGUUGCUCCAGAAGCAAUACACUAACUAG